AUGGCGCCGGCGGUGCACGUGGCGGCGCCGGUGUGCGGGCCGCGCAGGCUUUCGGCGAUGCCUGCUGCCGCGCUGGUGGAGGCGUUCAGGGCGACGUGCGAGGGGCACGUGGCGGACGUUGCGUGCACGCCGCAGGGCAAGGCACUGCUGCAGGCGGCGCUGCGGACGCAGCGGUCGGAGGUGCUGGACUCUGUGGUGACGGAGCUGUGCCCACGGCUGCGCGACGUGGCGGUGGACGUGCACGGGUGCCACGUGCUGCGGACGCUGGUGGAGGCGUGCACCGCGGAGCAGACGGAUGCGCUGAUUGGCGCGAUGCACGCGUCGGUUGUGCUGAACAUGUGCACUGCGUCGCAGUACACGCGGCGCACACUGCAGUCGCUGUUCGAGCGGCGCGAGGUGGACCUGUCUGCGCUUGUGCACGUGCUUGCGGACAACGCGGGGUACCUUGCGGCGACGCAGCAGGGGUGCAUCUCGCUGAUGCGCGUGUUCGAACUGUGCGACGCGGCGCAGAAGGCGGAGCUGGUGCGUGAGCUGCUGCCGAAGUUGGCUGCGCUGUCGAUGGAUGCGUUUGCGAACUACAUGGUGCAGUGCGCGAUCGAGCACAGCGAUCGCGCGACGGCCGCGCAGUACGUGGUGGCCCACUUCACCGGCAACAUAUUGCAGAUGAGCUGCAACAAGCACUCCAGCAACGUGCUGGAGGUUGUCCUGCGGUGCUGUGGCGAGGUCCCGGCGGUGCGGCGCCUUUUUCUGGACGAGCUGGUUUUCAACCCGGCCGCCCUGAAGGAGGUGGUGGGCGACCUGUACGGGAACUUUGUGGUGCAGGCGCUGAUCGGCGUUGUGACGAACCCGAUGGAGUUCAAGCGUGUGGAGGACCGCCUGCGCCCCGCACUGGUGGGGUGCCAGUUCGCGGCGAAGAUCGAGGGGAAAAUCAAGGCGAAGCGUCCAGUCCCGCCCCACGCGGGCGGUGCGGUGCACCAUCAUUCCUACCCGCAGUCGCGCCAGCAAGGGGAGCCGCGUACCGUACCAUGCCGUGUCUACCAGGAUGCAGAGCCUCGCGAGGCGUACGACAAGGCGUGCGCGUCCGCACGCGCUUCAACCGCAUCAACGGGCGAGACAUCGACUUCAACGGCGGCGAAGCAUUUCCGCCACUUCCCGUAUGAACCACCUCGGUUCGUCACCGUGCCCUUCGACUCGGUGGGCAAGAGCGCAGGCGGCGUUUUGUACGGCCACCCGUCUGCUGCGCGCCGCUACAUGCAGCAGCAGCUCCAGCGGCAGCCGCUCUCAAAGUAG